AUGAAUCAUCAACUAGUUCAGGGACUUUAUGGUAUGUCCAUGACCCAACUAGUUAAUUUUACAACAAGACCACCUAGUAACACCUGCCUUGAUCAUAUUUGGUGUACGACAGAGGACAAUAUUGUGCGUAUUUCUGUUCCGCAAAUUGGGUUAUCAGAUCACUUUCCUGUUUGCUUUAUUCGCAAGUUUAAUGGGGGACUAUGCAAAGCAAAGUCUCAUUUAACUAUUAAAUAUCGUUGUUUUAAGAUGUUUGAUAGCGCUAAGUUUAUCAAGGACCUUGAGAACGUUCCCUGGCAAGAGUUGGCUGCCAUUGACACUGAUCCGGAUGCAGCCUUAGAUACAUUUGAGCGAUUAUUCAAUAACCAUAUCAAUGAUCAUGCGCCUAUGAAAGAGAAACGUGUUAAAUUAUGGCGCCAGCCCCCUUGGAUGAAACCAGAAAUCUUGUCUAUAUUGAAGAAACGAGAUCGGCUCCUUAAAGAGGCCAUUAAUGGUUCUGGUAAAGCCAACAGAAACACUAAGGAGUGGCGACAUUACCGUAAAGUGCGCAACGAAGUAGUCUGGCUAAUAAAUAGAAGCAAACGGGAAUUUUACAGAUCAUCGAUUGAAGAAAACGAAGGUCACCGUGGGAAAAUGUGGAACUCGACUAAUGGCAUCUUGAAACAUGAUAAAAAGUCCUCCUCUCCAAGAUCAAUAAAAUAG